AGACAGAGAGAGAGAGAGAGAGAGAGAGUCAGAGAGAGAGCCAGGGUGCCUCUUUCAAUCCUUUUGUCUGAUCCAACAGGCAGCUCAAUGUUUUCAUAUAUGUCGUAGUGGAUACUUUCACAAAUCUUGAUCUACAGAAUAGACAGCUAAAAUUUAAAAACAAACAGAGGCUGGGUAAAGAAAAUGACCAGCAUGGGUGUUCGAGCUGCGUUUGCCGUCUUCCUCCUCUUCGUAGCGACCGUGAAGGCUGAUGAAGGAGGAGUGUCAUUCUGGCAGAGAGAGUUCACAUUGACCUGUCCAAAGGAAGGGAAAUGGUUCCAAGAUGAAAAUAACAAGGAAGUUCAGAUCAAGAAUGAGACAAGCAAGUACUUCACCAUGGAAUAUACAAAGAAAGGUUCCUACCACUGUGUAUACGACAGCACAAAUUAUUAUUAUUUCUACGUGCAAGGAAAGGUGUGUGACAACUGUUAUGAACUGGAUUCGGUCCUGUUCCUGAUGGCCAUUGUCGUCGACAUUUUGAUGACGAUUUGUGUGAUGUUCAUCGUCUACAAGUGCACCAAGAAGAAAAGCCCGGCGGGACUCACUCACACCUCGAAACCACCUCCUCGUUCAGGCGGCCGUGGGGGUCCACCUGUCCCAUCACCUGACUAUGAGCAACUGAACCUUCAUACCCGCUCCCACGAUACCUACUCUAAGGUCAACAGGACUGGAUAAAGGCGAGUCGUCUGACUGCGCGUGCUGGUCCAGCGGCUGCAGGGACGAAGGCAAACAUUCACACGAAACAUACUGCACACGAAAUAACAAUGGCGCUCCCGGCAACAUGCAAGCACUCGCUUUUUCUAUUUUUGGAUUUAAAGGGUCACAUAACCCAAAUUUGCAAACAAAAAAAAAAAAUAAAAAUGAAAAUAAAAACGUAUUAAACACAGUCUUAGUUUCCCCUGGCGUUAGCUAGCCAGGUACAGCAGUUGCUCCCUGUCUCCCGUUUUCUUCAGAGUUGCCAUUAUCAUGUCCAUUAUUUUGUGUAAUCAGCAUUCACUUCACGAUGAGACGUCGAGGCAGUAAACGUGUCUGUUACCAGUUUAACAACUGCAUUGUUUUCACUGUGUGUUUAGCAGAUUUAUCAGCACAGCAGGGACAGUGUUCCUGAAGACGUGAUGAUUUGGUGACACAAAAAUGGACAACUGACAUGUCUGUGUUCUCUGAGGAAAAUCUGAAUAACGCAAAUAGGUUAACCGAUUGGCGCAACGCUAUUUUUCAGUGUACCCAUUAUCAUCAACUCUGCUAACUAUCAUGGACCCGGCCUGGUUUGAGUCAGCUGUAAUACUAAAGAACUGUAAUUAAGAGCCUAUUAAAUCAAGUAAGCAAUAAAGAAAUGGCUGAAAUGCCCUUAUUGAGGUGUGAAUACAAACUUGACUGACGGCACGAGAAAAGAACGAGCAUCGACAAUUCUCCGCAUCUGCCGCGUUCUGAAAUACUAUUAAGCAAUGACACGAAGACAUCACACGCGUCCCCGUCGAAGGGGAGUGCUUCGAUGAAAGGGGCGCCUGAGCCCGACGAAGAAGGUUGGGAACUACUGUCUGCUGUUUUAAAUGUUCACAGUGUCGUGAGCACCGCAAACUAAUGUCCACUCGAGUCCAUUGCACUGGGGUGGAGGCAGAAAUGUCGGAGAUUGGGAACAGAUAAAGAACAAAAUUGUCUGCAUAGCUGAUGUUUUUUUUGUGAUGUGAACACUCAGUGGGCACUUCAUCGGGUCCACCUUUCACAGCCUAACGCAACCUGUUCUGCCGCGGUCUGCUUUAAUGACGAAGUUAAUUCUGUCUGACAGCCGUCGCAUCGGUGUUAAUUUGGUAAUAUUUAGUAGCACUGAGGUCUCUCCUAUUGCCAGACAUAAGCAGAGCAGAAUAUUGACGACGCCUCUCGGAAUAAAAGCCCGCGCAGGAUGUGUGAAUCUGACCUCAGUGACAACCACAUUAAUAAAUGUACACAUUUUCAACAGCGAUAUAGGUAAAAUAAGCUUUGUGAAGGCAGGAUUCCUGACAGAGUGAUUGCACGAGGCUGUAAAGGCGAACCCGGUGGAGUGGCCGAUGAGUAUGUACAGUGUAUAUUGUGCUAUGUGUGUGGUGACGCAAGGUUGGCCGACUACUGUUUAAUUUACAACAGUGUCAUGAAUAAAAUCACAACUUGUAUCCCUGUUUGAACACCAGUACACCUGUUUGUUUUUUUGUUUGUUUUUUCUGUACAUACUGUUUGCUUAUGUCAUUCUAACUUCUGACUUCGCGCACUGUAAGACAAGCAGAUGCUAAAUGUUUUCUGUACAAACUUUGUAUUGCCCGUCUUCUUGUUAUACUCUUUUAUUUUCAUUUCGAUCUCCUUGCGACUGUUAUGGGCGCGACCCCUGUCACUAAUAAAUAAACCGCAGUUCAGCUCUG